AUGUUGGGUCGUACUAGGAUUCCUCUUCGCCUGAGGGCACCGUUAGGCGUCCCUUUUAGGCAGGUAUAUAGGCCAAUAUCUAUUAGCCAUGCGUUGCUUCAGGAACAAAAAAAGCAGGAAGGUCUAAAUACUACUGAUGGUGCUGAAACCCCGAAACGAAAGCCCCUAUCCCGAAUUCCUAUCGGAGCUAUCCCUGAAGGUAACAGUCAAAAGAUUGGUUCCACUGGAACUGUUGAAUUUUCCACUUGGAAAGCUGUGGUGCUUUUUGCAGUUGUCGGAACAGUCGUCACAUUUUUCUUCAAGAAAGAAAAGAAAAGGCUAGAGCUUCAAAAAGAGGCUGAUCAAAAUAGAGGAAUGGGUAAACCCUUGGUAGGUGGUCCAUUUGAUCUAAUAGAUACAAAUGGUGAGCAGUUUACUCAAGAGAAGUUGAAAGACAAAUUCUCUCUAAUUUAUUUCGGAUUUACCCAUUGCCCCGAUAUUUGUCCUGACGAAUUGGACAAGCUGGGCUUAAUGUUAGACGAGCUAAAGAGCAAGUAUAAUAUUCAGAUUCAACCUAUUUUCAUAACAUGUGACCCUGCGCGGGACUCCCCUGCCAUUAUAAAGGAGUAUCUGAAAGAUUUCCAUCCUGACAUCAUUGGGUUGACCGGAACUUAUGACAAGAUCAAGGAGUGUUGCAAGAACUUCAGAGUUUACUUUUCCACCCCCAGAGAUGUCAAAGCUGGACAGGACUAUCUUGUUGACCAUUCCAUAUUCUUCUACUUGAUGGACAAAGAAGGUGAGUUCAUUGAUGUCCUUGGCCGUCAAUAUGAUGCGUCGGGAGCUGUCGAAAAAAUCAAGGGUCACAUCGACGCCUAUGUUCCCAAAGACCAGAGAGAUAAACAAAAGAACAGUUGGUACGGUUUCUUGUUCAAAUAG